UGCAGUAACUCGGUGGGCCAUGGAGGCGGCGCGGCGGCAUGUGCGGGCGCGCUGCGGUACCAGGGCCCGGCGCCCUGCGCUGCCGCUCCUGCUGCUGGCGGCGGCGGCGCUGGGAGGCGCGGCAGCGGAGGCGGAGGAGCCGCGCUCGGCGCGGCAGCGGGGGGACGAGCAGUGCCAUUACUACGCGGGAGGACAGGUCUACCCAGGGGAGGCGGCUCGGGUGCCCGUCUCCGACCACUCGCUGCACCUCAGCCAGGCCAAGAUCUCCAAGCCAGCACCUUACUGGGAAGGAACAGCGGUCAUUAAUGGAGAGUUUAAAGAGCUGAAAUUAACAGAUUAUGAAGGAAAAUACCUUGUCUUCUUCUUCUAUCCUCUUGACUUUACAUUUGUAUGUCCAACUGAGAUAAUCGCCUUCAGUGACAGAAUUGAAGAAUUCAGAGCAAUAAAUACUGAAGUAGUAGCAUGUUCUGUGGACUCAAAGUUUACUCACUUAGCAUGGAUUAAUACCCCUCGAAAACAAGGAGGACUUGGACCUCUGAGGAUUCCUCUUCUUUCAGAUUUGACGCACCAAAUUUCAAAGGAUUACGGAGUGUAUCUGGAAGAUCAAGGGCAUACACUGAGAGGCCUCUUCAUUGUUGACGAUAAGAGAAUCCUUCGGCAGAUCACGAUGAACGACCUUCCUGUUGGAAGAUCGGUGGACGAAACGCUUCGCUUAGUACAAGCAUUCCAGUACACAGACAAACAUGGAGAAGUUUGCCCUGCUGGUUGGAAACCUGGCAGUGAAACAAUCAAACCAGAGGAGGCCAUGAGAGUGUGGUGGCCAAGGGAAGAACUAUAAUUCCAGAUCCAGCUGGAAAACUGAAGUAUUUUGAUAAACUAAACUGAGACUCGCAUCUGUUGAAUUAUGUAGGUCACAUUCAACUUGAUUUUUGCCAAUAAAGUUACAUUGAUUUUGUUA